AUGGGGCAGUCUCAGAGCACCUGCAGCAAGGUCGACGGUUCGUUUCUUGACUUUUGCGAAAUAAAAACAAGCAGUUCUUGUCAAAGCAAGAAAACAUGGCACCUUGCUUCAUCCGACAACGCAUCUGAACCGGGUGCCUAUUUCGACACGUUACUGGACGACUAUCACUUAGCCCUAACGCCGACAACACCGGGCGAUGCUGAUCCGCAUUCUCCAGUCCAUACCAGACCCCGAGUCGAUGCCAUACUACAUCUUCUACUAGCUCAAGCGAAGCGAAAUGUGCUAGGGGAUCUUGAUCCGGAGUCAGAGGCUGCGGAUACCCUGGGGACACUCUUCUGGGGCUAUGAGCAGUCAAUCACCGUCCCAGGGAGCUGGAGUGAUGGAAACAACGUCAGGGAGUGCGCGGCCGAUUAUGUGCUGUGGUAUGGAAACCAAGCAGAGCUAAAGACAAACCUGGUCGUUCUUCGAGCGGAGAAGCCGAUUGGGAACUGUGCGGAGUAUUUACCAACUCUUGCUGCUAUAGCGAUGAUCCAGCGGAAUCGGGAGGACGGCUUGGCUAAGGAGACAUACGGCAUAUACACUGAUGGUUUCAAGUGGAUUUUUAUGCAUGUCAACAGAAAGUACAAGUAUUGCUCUCUGGAGUUGAACUGGAGUGAUAGUCGGCAAACUAUUAUCGGCCAAAUCAGCAAAAUACUCGACAAGGCAGUCUCGAUCAGACUAUCCUGCGGCGGACCAGACUGGGGGACGACUGAAAAUUGGUCAGUGUGGAAUGUAAAGCCACGCGAUAUUUCAGAAGACGACGCCGAGUGGCUUGAACAUGACGGCAAACCGCUCCCCGAAAUCAAGACCUUCAAGGGUGUCAAGACGAGUUGGCUUCAUAGCGUCGCGGUCAGGGCAAGACUCGAAUCCACAAUGAAGGCGUUUUUCGACCGUUACAAACUCAGCACCGCGGCCAAGGCAAUGAUCCGGGAGCUAGUCGAUAUAGCACGCACCAGGGGCCAUGAUAAGGAGAGUGAUGAGGAUGAUGCUGGUCAGCCUACGACCCUGGCUUUGUCUGAUAUACGCUCUCAAGAUGUAGACUGCAUCUUUGGCCUAGAGUGCGGCGAACAAAAUAAAGAGGUCUGGCACCUAGAUGAUUCAGAGAAACGCGACGUCCCUAAAUACCUCGGCCAAGUUCUGGAGGACUACAAGCUCGCUUUUGGCCGGGCGCGGCAAGAUGAGCCCCUAAUUAGGGCUCGGGUCAACGCUCUUAUGCUCGCCGCUCUGGCCGAGAAAAAGCGAGAAAAGCUAUAUCAGAAUCAGCGGGGGAAGAACCCAGACAAUUCCCCCAAUUACAACUCAGUCCGGUGGGGCGUUGAAAACGAGAUUUCAGCCCCAUGGUUGUACAAGAGGCAGCAGAGGAUGAUUCGCGGCACGAUGGACCACGUCCUCUGGUACGGCAGCCAGAAAAAUAUGGAAGGAAACACGGUAGUGUUGGUCAAGGGCUUAAGUCAUUCAAGGAUAGGCUGGUACGAGGCCAUGUCGUAUAUGGCAAUCCUGAAGCGGCUCCGUAGAAAGGCAGGCUGUCCAACGAUACCAAUAUAUGGAAUCGCCACCGACAGCUACGACUGGUAUUUUAUUCGUCUCUGUCCUCUAGAUACUAUCUCGUACAAGCGGAUAGGCUUGAUUGAAGGUAACGAGAUGGAGAUUGUCUCUCACCUGCAUAAGUUCAUGGAUCAUGCUAAUGACUAA